CGGAAGGUACACGGCCGCAAGCCGCGUGUUCGACUACGGACUGGGAUGGAUUUAUUAACAAAAACACAUCGCCACGGCAUAAAAAACAGCGUUGAAAGAGUAGACCUACUGCAACUUCAUUCCCUGUUCGAUCGAGCACUCCUUGAACGAGCCUUACUAAUUGUUUACGGAAAGCGACCCAUCGUUAUCUACCAGUCGCCGGACAAAGCAAACAAAUUGGUCGAAGUUCCUGGCUCAGAAGCUGCGACCGUCUACAAGAAUUUUCCUUCAACUUUCUUCUGCUGCUGCGAGUCCUUCCGCUGUUCGGUGUUGAAACACAAGAGCCAAGCACUCUGCAAACACCUGCUAGCAACGCGCCUUGCACUGGCCCUGAAUCGAAUUCAAGUCGAAACAUUGCCGAACGACACAAUCGUUGAUCUGAAGCAGCAAUUUAUUGACGAUUGUUGUGAAAAGAUUGGGUAAUAACCACCGCAUCGCAUCAGUCACACUGCAGGGUCACACUGCAAAAAGCUGUAGACUUUCAUGCAAUUAGCAAAGGAGCUCUUCGGAAAAGGGAUUAUUUUAAAUCCCAACAUGGUGACCCAAUCGCAGUUCAGCCAGAUACAGUUCCAGGCGGUAGUAGAAAACGUUAGCAUGUUCUACAAAGUUUUAAAGGGAAUCAAUUUUGUUGACAGCGCGAUGGUGCAGCUAAGCAAAGAGGGCAUAAAAUUGACCCUUGAGGAUGCGAAAUGUGUUCAAGUGGUCGCACUCGUCAAAAGCGCGUGCUUUUCCGAGUACAACCUGUCUGCGUACCCGUCUGCGGUGGCAGCAACGGGCAAUGACGGUGACGAAAGCGAGCCAUUUGCUUCGUUUGGGUUAAAUCUGAAGGUAUUCACCGACUGUUUGAGUAUGUUCACCAGCAGCGACUUCGAUCCCAGUUUGAAGAUCAUGCGUAAAGGGCCCGGUACACCAUUGGUCGCUAUCCUGGAGGGGCAUCGAGAGGACAACUUGAUUACGGAGUGUGCAGUGCGCACGAUGGAACCGUUCGAUUGUAUGGACUUGGACUUUGACGAUGAUCACCCAAUCGUUAGCAAGAUCGCUGCAAAAGCCUCCGAGCUUUUCCUGCUGCUCGGUGAACUGGAUGACGAAGACGUGAUUGAGGUUAUCAUUUCGCCGACGGCACCACACUUCAGACUGAAGGCCUUAGGAGAUCCGGAAAUGGAGACCGAGAUAGAAAUUAAAAAAACCAGCGAUAUCUUCAUUAGCUUUGCUUGCUCGGAAGCAAGCAGCAAUCGGUACAAAUUAAACCACUUUAAGCAUGUCAUGCGUACAUUAUCGCUCGCAACAAAGGUGGUACUUAGCACGAAUACCGAGGGUUUGCUUGGCUUCCAGGUAAUUAUAGAAACGAUGGAGGAUUCGCUUUAUUACGUUCAAUACUUCAUUCUACCGCUGGUAUUGGACUCCGAUUAA